AUGAUUUGGCGUUGUUUCAUCUGCUGCCUUUUUGUGGCAGUGACAUUAAGAGCAUUGCUGAACCACAUCAAUACGGUACACAGCCGUAGUCCGAAUUUCCGUGUCAUCUGCGGCAUUGACGGCUGCACUCAGGAAUACAGAGUGUACAACUCUUUUUACUACCACGUCAAACGGAGCCAUGCCUCGCAUCUCCUCAGCCGCAAGUGUAUGAGGCCCAGUGGAGACCGAACGGCGGGUAAAGCCGCGGAGGACAGUGCAGGGCCGUGUACAGCCAGAUAUGUUCCAAUGCAACCGAGAGAAAGAUGUUUGGAGAAUUUUGAUGUACCUAGCAUUCAGUCAGCACUAGAGGCACACGAACCCACUACAGCAAGCACACCAACAGGUGUUGUUAGUGAUGUUGGCUGCUCCACCACCGAAAAUGCCCGAGGUCACGCCGCUCCAGCUCCGGAUGGCGCUCCGCCAGCUUCUACUGAAGACACAGCGCUUACAGCCCAGGCGGAACAGGAUGAAGUACUACCCGAAUCUACACAACUAGGAGAAAGUGCUAUACAUGAAGAGACUAAUGUGGAUCUACUGAAGAAACAUGCCACUGCCUUUGUGCUCUCUGCUAAAGAGAAACACCGUUUAUCACAGAGUGCAGUCAAUGAUAUUGUAGCUGGAGUGCAGAACUACCAAGCUUCACUGCUGGACAGUUUGAAAAAUCAGAUGGCACGGGUAUUCCAGAGACAUUCAGAAGUUACAGAUCAGCUGCUUAGUGAGUCAAUGGACAUUUUUGAUAGUUUUGAAGACCCAUUUGCCAGAGUUUCCACUACAUAUAUGCAGGACUCAACCGUCAAGGAGCUGUUUGGAGUAGUGGAAGCACAAGAAAUUGAGAUUGCCCGGUCUGCAUGCUAUAAAGGACAAGGACCCUCUCGUGCUCUUGCUAUUAGAUCUGAGUGCAUUUACUACAUACCUUUGAUCAAAAGUUUGGAACAAUUACUUUCACAUCCUGUGGUUCUAUCAAUGUUUGACAAAGGUGUAGAGACAUGUAGGGCUGGAUUUUUAAAGGACAUCAUUGAUGGUGAUAUUUUGAAAUCACAUCCAUUGUUCUCUGUUAGACCCAAUGCCCUACAGCUGAUACUGUAUACUGACGAAAUAGAACUGUGUAAUCCUCUGGGGUCACAUGCCUCAAAAAACAAACUUCUAAUGGUGUACUAUACUUUAGGGAAUAUACAUCCUAAAUAUAGGUCUAAGCUGGCUGCUAUCCGUCUACUUGCUAUUGCAAAAGCAACGGAUAUUGCUCAGUGUAGCGUUGAUGUGAUACUGAAUAGAAUACUGGAAGAUCUGAUUUUGCUGUACAAUGGUGUGAGAAUCAAAACAGUGGCGGAUGAGAGAGUUGUAUAUGGAGCAUUAGUCUCAUUUUGCGGUGACACCUUGGCUCAGCAUGAGGUUACAGGGUUUAAAGAGGGAGUUGGAUUUUCAUUCUGUAAAUGCAGACACUGCGAGUGCAGUUUUGAAGACAUGCAGCUUUACUUUGAUGAGGACAGCUUUGUUCAACGGACAUUAGGUUGGCACAUCAGACAAUGUAAUGAAAUUGAGAGGGCCCCUACUGAUUUUUUAAGAAACAGUUUGAAAACCACAUAUGGAAUUAACAGGAAAAGCAAAUUAGUAGAUUUUCCAUCAUUUGAUCUAAUUAAGCAAACUCCGCAAGAUAUCAUGCAUGUAAUACUUGAGGGAGUAGCACCACUUGAAAUAAAAAGUGUGUUGAAACAUCUGGUCCUGUUAGGACAGCUUGACCUAGACACAUUCAAUAGCGCUGUACUAGGAUACCCGUACUCUUUUGAUAUACACUACUGA